UGAGGAGCAAACCACUCUGCUGGCCACAGAGCAAGAGAUCAGCAAGAGAGAGGGAGGAUAGAGGGAGAGGGAGAAAGCGAACACAUGCAGCGCAGCAGAGGAGAGGAGAGGAGCAUCUGAGAGGAAGCUGCACGCCUGCUCUGACAGCAGAGAAAGACAGAGGGAGGAGAAGACUGAGUACUUCUUCUCCACACUAACAAGGAGAGACUGAGGGAGAGAGCAAAGUGAGACGAAGGGCUACACAGGCAGGAGAUGGGGAGAUAGUAAGAGGAGGAGGGGAAAAAAGUAUCCCUCCCCUCUACUUAGAGAGAUACAGAGACAAAGAGGGAGGGAAACAAGAGGGGGUUAGUGAGAUUGUGAAGUGAAGAGAGAGGGAAGGCAGCGGACGGGAGAUAGUUAGACCAACUGCAAGACUGAUCAAUGAGCGGCUGAGAUUUCGGCAAGAAAUUCAGACUCAGCAAGAGAGAGGAGGUGGAGGAGGAGAGAAAGAGAGUGCGAGGGAGGGAGUCAAUCACAAGGAAAGAUUGAUGAAUGAAAGAUGGGAGCAAAACAUCUGGAGAAAGAAAGACUAAGAGAAAUAUUUAAAAGGAGACAGAUACUUCCUGCAGGAGGCAUCUGGAGGGUGGCAAGUUUAGAGAAAGAGAAGAGUGGGAAAAAAAAGAUCAUUUAGAGAAAGACAAGGAGAUAAAGGGAAAAGGGGAGAAGGAAGUGAAAUAUUUAAAAAGCAGCAGAGACAAAGAUGAGCAUGGGGGAGGGAUGAGGAGAGGCAGCGGAGUCAAAGUCGAACUUAUAGAAGAGACAGAAUAAAUCAGAGCAGCGGGGGAAACUGCGCCCUUCCCCUUCCUCUACUAAAUUUUUUUUUUCUUCUGCCCCUCCACUGCUUCUUAAAACAGACGUAAUGAGAAGAGGUGGACUGAGCUGAGGAGGACAGAGAGCAGAGAAGCAGUUUCCAUGAGUUUUUUUUGUUCUCAAAGUUCAGAUAGAUAGACUUUUGAAGCAGAUGAGAGCCCAGCCUAUCCAAUGGCUUGCUACUACAUUGUAAUCAGUUCCACCCACCUGCGUGACGGACAGCUGAGGAGCAUCAAAGGGGUUUUCAGAGGACCAAUAGGAACAAACGGCCAAAGAAACACGGAGGAAGGAGACUCCAGCUUCUACUGUGAGUUGUGUGAUAAACAGUACGUGAGGCACCAGCAGUACGACAACCACAUCAACUCCUACGACCAUCACCACAAGCAGCGGCUGAAGGAGCUGAAACAGAGGGAGUUUUACAGAGCACUGUCCUGCAGGAGGCAGAGGAGACGCAGGGAGGAGAGGAGGGAAGAACGAGUGCUGAGGAGGCUUCAUCAGCAUGACGACAGGAAGGCGGGAGAGUGUGCUCCAGGUUCUGGGCCCAUGUUCCGGUCCACCACAGUGGCGGUAGAUCCAGCGAACCAAACCAGGCCAGAUUUUGUGCAGAACUGGGCUGACAUCCAUAUGAGCAACGGUAGCAGCAGCAGCAGCAGUACAUUAGACACAAAGUCUCAAACACCAGCGAUCCAGCCCUUCCCACCACUGGACCCUGCACUGGAAACAAGUCUCCUGAAGAACACACAGUGGAAAUACAACCAGCUAGACACCAACAGUGCUGCUACUGAAUCUUACCUGCUCAACAAGACCCAGAUAAAUUAUAAUUACCUUGCUGCGCCUGACAUUACGUCCACUACCACCAAUAGUCCCAUGAUUAGCACAAACACUGAUAUCACAGACAUCAAUGCUUCUAUCAACACUAGCCACUUUAACAAGACCCCUUGGGCUCAUAAUGGUUUGAACAACACCAUUACUUCCAAUAAAGUCCCAACAACUGCCAAUGACACCCCCUCUAAUGACUCCACUUUCAGCAAAACCAUCUCUAAUGCCGACAACAUCAGCAUCUCCAGGACCACAGUGGGACACAAAGCUUCAGAGGUCCAGUCUGGCAGAGUCCGAGUCCGCCCCGUGUCCUUCUCAUUGCCGAAGAGGAGCUGCGUCCUCCUCCACCAAUCAGCCGCUGUUUUCAUCCAGGCCAGUCAAGGGUCGAGCUUGGUUGGGAGGGAAGCUUUGACAGUGCAGGAAAAAGUCAAAGAUGUAGGGGACAAAGUUGCAGGGCAUCAGCUUAAAUCUCAAGUAUCUGCAGACGCUGGUGUUAUGAGUGUGGAUCACUGGGACACUGGAAACCAGUGCAGUGUGGAUGGUCAAAGUGCAAUCCAGCACUCUGCUAGCAGUGACAGUGGGACUGGAGCCAUUGUGUCUACUGAGAGGAGGACUGGAGGACUCAGUGGAACUGCAACCCAGGAUUCUUUAUGUAAUCGCAAUGUGAUCAGGGUUGAGGACUCUGAUAUGAGUGGGAAGAUCUCCUUAUGUAAUAACAAUGGGACUGAAGCCCAGUUUGCCAGUGAAAGUGGGACUGGGGCUCAUCUUUUCUUAAAUAGUGGAGAGAUUUCUGACAGUGUAAGGGAAUCUGAAAACAGUGGGACUGAAACCCAGGAUGAUGCAGACAAAAAAAUGGAUUUAGACCCCACUGAAGAACUGAAAGAUCUGCUCUGUCCUGCUACAAAUCAGCUUUGUGGUAUUUCAAAUGAGGCCAAAAAGUCUCAAACUGAGCGCCAAGAUUCAAACUGCGCCAAAGAAUCGACCUUUCUGCCACACAGUCGUCCAAAAGAGCCCUUCUGUCCAGUCCUGAGCCGAGAUGGAAGUAGAGUCCUUCUAUGGCCAUCAGAGAUGGUCAGCUACACCAAAACUUCACCCUCCAUCUCUUACAGUGUCAACCCUCUACUGUAUGACUUCAGAGCACAUAACAGGGCCAAGGAAGGCACUGAGGAAAAGAAAGGAGGGCUGGAGGAAGGGAAGGAGAGAAUAAAGCCAUCUGUGAUCAAACAAGCCAACUGCCAACAGAGGCAGGAAGAUACGGAGGGAGGAAGGGAGGUGAAGAGAGAUGAAAGGGAAGAAGAGGAUGGAGGAGGACAGGCAGGAAAUCCUAUGGAAGUUGUAGCCCAUUGUAGCGGCGGCAAUGCAGUGCCGGAUCGCUCUGGCUGCCGUGAUGAAAGCGCUUUAAAAUUUGUUCCCGUUUCCGCGGAAUGCCACCUUGCGCGCAUGGUUGGCCUUCAAAAAAGUGUUAGCAGGAGGAGGAGGAGAAGAAAGAGGAGAGGGAGAGUGAGGAGGGGGAUGAGGAAGAGGGGGAGGAGAAAAAGAGGAGAGGAGGCAGAUAAAAAAGAUUCAGAAAGAGCAAGAAGGAUAAUAAGUAGUCUUUCUGGGAAUCAGAUGUGUGAAGAUAGGCUGAAGAGAGAGGGUGGUGAAAAAGAAGGAAGUCUUGCAGUGUAUCGGCUGGUGGGAGGGAGAGAAAAGAGGAUGAAGAGAGACGACAGGAGGAUAAAGAGAGAUCAUGCAGAACGAGAGAGGGCAGGUAGAAAUGACGAGAAGAGAGGAGAGCUAUUAAGUAAUCUUCCUGUGAAUCGGUGUAAUCGCUGUAACCAGCUGUGUCUGCAGGUGAACAGCGAGGCCAGCCAACAUCAAUCCCAGCAAUCAGCCUCCGGGUGGGGCCAGGGGCUCAGAAAGCUCCCUGGCAGGGGUGCAGUAUGUAACUCAUUGAUUAGCCCAGUCCCUGGGUCUGUUAUAGAGACACCAUGCUGUCCUGCAAUUACUCCCGACCCUGCUCAGAAUGACAGAGAGACAUGGGAGAUGCACAAAAAUACAGCGGAGGAGGAAGGGCAGAGCCGUGAGGUGCAAGAAAAUUUGAGGAAGACAGAGAUAAGAGGUGUUCAGGAUGCUAAAGAGUGUAACCCAGCGAUUAGAGGUGUCUCUUUUCCCUGUCGAGAAGUAGCAUGCGACAAAGAAAUUUGUCUUGUUCCUACACCUCACAGAGAAACAGCAUGCAAUCCGGCGAUUAGCCUUGUCCCUGCUUCUUUUAGUGAAACAGCAUGUUGCCACAGACAAACAAUACCUGCAGGACGUAGCAAUCCCAUGUUAGGUCCUGCUUCAUGCCGGUCUGUACAACAGACAGAAACAGAACUGAGAAUGAGAUCUAUAGACAUGACCCCACCUGGUGAUGUAAUUUCAGAGGAAGCGAUGUCAAAGAGAGCAGUAGCAGCAGCGACUGGCAAGAGGAGGAGGGAAUCGCCUGAAACUGGGGCAGUGCAGAGAAAGAAACGGAAAAGGGGAAGGAGACAAAUGAGGAGAGCUCUUUUGAGGAGCUGUGCUGAGUUGACCUCUGACUUUACAGUGCACAAGGCCUGUUGUAUGAAAGAUCCCACAGAGGGCAUUACACUCAACAUGAGUGGCAAAGUUUCAGAUGACUGCCAAGCUUUCAGCAGUCCAGAGCACAACAGAGCUGAGAAAACCCCUGACAGCCUCUUUGCUUUCAAGUCAAAACCCAGUCUGUGUCCUAAGAAUGGGGAGGAACCACUUUAUACAGACAAAAUCCACACCUGCAGUAAAGGCAGUCAGUUUAUCUCCAGUCACUCUGAAGGAGCAGGAAAUAGGUCUGUGAAAUCUUUCAUUGACUGUCUCACCUGGAAUAAACACAGCGACUGUAAUGAACAGUGCAAUGGCCAAGAUAAACAUAGCGAUUGUGGUAUCAGUAGGGCUGUUAGAACUUCUGAUAAUCCUUUAAACAAAUGCAACAAGGAUAAUCAGAAAUGUGACAACCAGAACUACAACGACAAGAACCAUUCUCAUGGUCCUGUGGACAAACUUCAAUCAGACAGAAGCAAUGACCCUGAAGGUGACAAUGGCAAAGGAAGUUGCAAGAUUCAGCUCGUCUGUAAUGACUCUGUCAGCUGUAGCGCUAAUGAAACACAUAAUACUGUACCCUCUCCAUGUGAAAUCAAAUGCAGAACCAAUGACAAAGUGUCCAGUGACUCAAAAUCUACCACAAAUACUGACAAAACAGGUUUUUGUGUUAAUACUGAUUACGCUAACCGUUUAACUGAUGGUAAUGAUAUAAGUUGCAAAAGUCAAGAUGAUGAAAGAUCUCAGUAUCACCUUCAGCAAAAGAGUACUCUCUGUGACUCUGUGAUUGAUUGCAAAACCUGCAGUAGUAUUGAUCAAAGCAGAAUCAGUGGUGAUGAUAUUGACAGUGGUCACUGUGAUUAUUGCAGCAGUAAUCAUGUCACUGAUUGCAAUCACCAUGCGACUGAAAAAAAUAGCAGCACGAAUGGAGGAGUUGUUGCUCUUAUUAGCACACAAACUGACCAAAAGGUGGAAGAAAGGGAUGUAAGGAAAGAGAGACAAGAGGAGGAGAAGCAGAGGAUGAAGGAGAAGCAAGAGGAGUGGGAGAAGGAGUGGGUGAAGAAAAAAGAGAGAGAGAAGGAGGAUCGAAGGAAGGAGAGGGAAAUUGAUUUCGAACAUCUCUACACAGAAAAGAGGCAUUGUUUUCCCCACAGUCUCCCUCCACCGUGCCUCCCCCUCCAUGCUCCCUUCCUCUUCUCACCAACUCUUUCCUCCUCAUCUUCCCUCUCCUUCCAUCACACAAUCAUCCAGCACCACCUGUCCCUCCUCCCACCUCCACCUCACCUACCCGUCCCGUCCUACCCUCACCUUCUUCCUUCCUUCUCCCCGCAUCUCUCUCCCCUCCCUCCUGCUCCUCCUCCACCACCUCCGCCUGCUCUUCCUCCUUUCUACCCCUCAUCCCACAUCCCUCUCAUUGAUGCCUCUGGUCCAUACCCCUUAACAACGGCAUUUCACCCCAUGCAAAGUCACCCUCCAUCCUUGUAUCCCCCACCCCAUCCCGCAGUCUUACCCUUACAGAUGUUGUUAUAAAAAAUGACAGAAAGCUGUAAAAGGUUUUCUCUUUCUUUGGGGGGGAAAAACAGAUGUGUGAAAGCAGCUUUUAUGUGUCAUUACCUGCAUACUUGACAUGAUGAUGAAAUUCGAGAGACAACAAUUUCAGGAUGACUUAAGUAGGAAAACAACACUGAUCUUUCUUAAAGUCGACCUCUGGGAACCUCAUCACCCCGUCCAAACACUCUAAGCACUGAUUCACACAUCAGAAAAAAAUGAUGGCUAAUUAUCUUCAUCAGUCGCAAUCCUGCACAAAAUGAGCCUCAGGUGUGCAGCCAGGGGGAUCAUGGUGGGGAUACACAGCUGGGCUCAUUUCCCUCUGCACAAAUCAGUCGUUGCUCCUGCUUUGCAUUUUAAACCAAUGAUUUACUUGCAAGGCAUGCUGUAAAAUUUUCACUCUGGUUUAUGACUAUAAAGGACAAAUCCACUCUCAGAUGUCUUUAAUCUGUGAUGUUAAAUGCAGAGUUUAUUAUCAUUUUUAGCAACUUUUUAGUUAACAUUUUCCAACAUAAUGAUUUUCAAGACAGAUGUUAACUUGUUGCUCUCAGUUGGAGUGUGUAAAGAUCCACCUUCCCUUUUAAUGGCUGCAUGUCAGUAGGUGUACUUUGCCAGUUUUGUUUUUUUUUUUUUUCAUCUAAGAAUUUAUUACACUAUAAUAGUGUUGUCUGCAUACAAUUAAGAUUAAAAUGAAAACAGUAUAUUGUUAUAUACUGGCAAUGUCCGUGUUAAGAUGUCAUCAAGUUUGUCUUCUUCAAAGAAAUGAAUACUCAUAGCCAGUUAUUUGGUCAGCCAAAAUAACACUGCGUCUUUUAAUCUUUAUGUGCUGCGUCAGCUGAUAGUUUACAUCAUAGCUCUGUUAGCUUAACUUUGUUUUUAGACAGAAAGCAGGCACAGUAAACCACAAACCAUCUCCAUUUUUUGUACAUUUUAUGUUGUCAGUGGUAGUAAGAUCUGUUUGUAAUUGCCAAAACAAGGUUAGAACUGUCACAGUUUAGUCCGAGGCAUGGUUCAACAAAUGGCAACAAACAUAAUAACAUCACCUAAGAUCUUUAUAUCCUCAUUAGCCUUAUAAUCAAACUCACUCAUGUAGAAGAAACGGUGCCAUCUCAGCACCCAACUCCAUUGUUUUCAGUGUCUAGUGUCUGAAAACAACAGUGCUUCUAACUUUUAUUCCUUUGUCACUUUCUUUGACUACACUUGUGUCUUAGUGGUUCUCAUCCCAUUUGGUCACUUUCUGAUGCUUUGGUAAAAGGUCCUGUGGCGUUUCCCCCAACAUGGGAGACUGGCAGAGUAACUCAUUGCUGCCCAGAGUGGUCGCAUAAAUUACCCAGACUGUUGGUGUGAAUAUAUUGUAAGCAUAUUUUUACAAUACAGUAAUUUGGUGUCUUUGACAGAACAUCAGAACUCUUCAUUCUAAACACUUUAAUGAUAAUUGUAGGUAAUUUUGAAUGUUUAUCUCUCAUAUAGCCCCUUUAAAGACCUUUAAAAUGUUUGGGGAAAUCUCAGUAUGAACAGCCACAACCAAGUCUUUAUGCAGAAUUGAAUACAGUUGUAUCUCAAAGUCAUACUGAUUCUGGAAAAACAACUAAACAACUAAAUAAGCUGAUUCAGGCAUGUUAACAUGAAGGCUAAAUCUGCUCAUUUUUGAGUGUGCUGAUGAUGACCAGUGUCGUCCCGCAAUGCUCUGCAUAAAUAAACAGAGGAGCUUGAUCACAGCUGGAGAAAAAUAAAUUGACAAUAAUGGUAAAACAGCCCUAGGAGGACGUUAGAGAACAAACAGAGAAUUAUGUCGUUUUAUCUUACUGAAGAUUAAUUGGCAGCGGUGUUACAAAGUACCAGUUUGAUUCACAUCUAAUGGGGCAAAUGGGAGAUCAUUUUCUGUUGUUACAAAAUAAAAAGCUACUGCACAUUUCUCAGCGACAGACGGGUUCAGAAAGCAGUGUGGAUAUGGGAAUGCAGUAAACAAAAAAAAAGAAAAAAAUCACAACAAUCUAACAUUUAUUUGCCUUUUAAAUAAGAUGCUGUCAUUACUCUUUUCUACUGGAUAUUUCUCAUGGUGUGACUGCUUUGACAUCAGCACAAAAUGUUAAGUUCAGAAAUAAGUCUUUGCUCUUUGGUUUUUGGUGACUGACACUGGUGUUUGACCUUUCCUCCUGACGCAUCAGACUGUUGAUUUUCCAUCACUGCACUCCAUUGCAGCUGCACUAAAAAUAUCACAAUGCGUUGGACAACUUUAAAUUUAGUGACUCAUCUGAGGCAGGAAAAAGGCCAAUACAUGCAGAAAACGGAAGCAUGGUUCUCUUAAACAGAGAGCUGUAAGAUGCACAUAUCAUGAGGUGCAUUGACAUCUAGAAAGAUGAGAGGAUUUGAUUGGCAGGUAAUGACCAAACCUUUUUUUAAAUUUGUUUUAUUGAAGCGCCGUCUGUUGUCAUUCAUUGGCUGCUUGUUGCAAUUUGACAGUUGUUUUCAGCUGCAAAACACCACCACAAGGAUCUCUCUACAAAUGCAUCUUUUCAUUCAAACACAGCAGGUUCAAAGAGACCCUUCUUAGAGGCACUUUUGGUUCUCGGCAGCCCCUCAGGGUGGAUUUUUCCUUUAAAGCUAAGGGUUACGACAAAAACUACAUGUGAAUGAGUGUUGAUUUGCUCAGCUCUGUUCGUUUUUCUUCCCUCCUCAGUCCUUUCAGGCUUUGUCAUCAGGUGCAGCAGAAAUACCUCAAACAUGCCUGCAUUUUUAUAACUCGCAGAAUUUCAUGAGUAAAGAUGGGAAUAAGGAGGGGGAAGAGCAGAGUGACUCCUACACAACAGAUUGUUGUUCUAAGAUGUUUUCUCUUGCCACUCUGAAGCUUAACAUCUGGCUGCGAUGGCUUUGGGGUACAACUGGCAACGCUUAUCUGUCCUGGUGACUAUAGAAUUAAUUAUGGUGCAGGCGGUGAUGACAAACAAACAAAAAUGAGGGGAAAUUGUGCAUAAAAGUGGGGGGAACAUCUUCAACAAAAAGAUCAUGUCUUGCUAAAAAUUUUUUGAGAGAAACUCACUACAUUAUUCUGAUUGUAUUGAUCUUAGAUAACAUGGACACAUUCUAUUUGAUCAUUACCACUGCAGCCUUUCCCAGAGGUCAUCAGUAAGUAACCACUGCUUCUAAAACAGAUGAUCUCCAGAAUGUUGGACAUGUCGCCAUGGUGACAUUCUUGCAGAGAUCUUUGUGUGUGCGUUAGCAAUGUAAGACUCCAACCCUCUCCUUAGCAGCGACGUGUUCUCUCUCUGUAGCUCUGCACCACAAACUAUAUGUUCUCUAUGAACGUAGGUUUUAUUUAUGAUGAUCACUUGUGAUAAAACUGUAAAUUAGAGGGAAAAAUGCUGUUAUUAGAUGUAUUUUUGUAGACAAACCUCAGUUGAAUGAGGAACAGUUUUUGUAUCAUGUGCUCUGAUGCUAUUUUAGCUAGCAAAUGAACUCCACAACCACUUAAUUUGUCCUCUUGUUUAGCUGGUCUACAUAUAUUCUUUGUAUCAAUUAAUGGAUAUAAAAGGCAUCACCAGAGAGUAGAUUUACCCCAGUUUUUUGUCAGCACUGGCUCUAUAACGAAAUGUCUUGAGAUUCUGCUAAACUAAUAUUUGGCAAUUUUUUUUGUGUUUUCUAAUUUCUGCAGACUCAUAUCCUCAGAUAUUAUCCCUGCUAAUAAAACUGAUCUACUGUAGUAAAUCCACUGAGAUGAACUCUGCAAAUGGAAAUAAAUCAGUAGACUUAA